UUAUGAAUAUGCGAUGAUUGAGAAAAAGCAAAACGGUGAUAGAUCAGGAAUACAACAGAAAAACAAACAAAUAAUGCAGAGAGAGAAGGUGAUAAUAGUCGGAGGCGGAACUUCCGGCAUGGCCGCAGCAUCAUGCUUAACGAAGCAAUCAAUACCUUACAUCAUCCUCGAAAGAGAAGAUUGUUCGGCUUCCAUGUGGAAAAAGUACACGUACGAUCGUCUCCAUCUCCAUUUGGUCAAGCGAGUGUGCGAGUUACCGUUCUUUCCGUUUCCCAACUCUUACCCUAACUACGUGCCUCGGAAGCUGUUCGUCGAAUACUUGGAAACCUACGAGAAGCAUUUCGACAUGAAGAUUUUGUAUCACCGCUGCGUGGUGCUGGCGGAGUAUGACGAAGCGGAACAGCUCUGGAGAGUGAAGGCUCAGAACAGAAGUACUGGUGAAGUGGAGGAGUACGGUGGAAGGUUUUUGGUGGUGGCAAGUGGCGAAGAUAAGCCUCACGUGCCUAGGGUUGAAGGGUUGGAGAGUUUCAGAGGAAGAGCGAUUCAUUCAACUUCGUACAGAAACGGGAAGGAGUACAGAGAUGAACAUGUUCUGGUUGUUGGAUCUGGGAAUUCUGGCAUGGAGAUUGCGCUUGAUUUGGCCAAUUUUGGUGCUAAGCCUUCCAUCGUUGCUCGCACUCCGGUUCAUUUUCUUUCGAGGAAUAUGAUGAAUUAUGGGUCGCUUUUGUUAUGGUAUUUGUCAACAGAAACAGUGGAGAAACUGUUGGCGAUAGUUAGCAGGAUUGUGUAUGGUGAUCUGAGUAAGUAUGGGCUGCCGUUUCCCAGUGAAGGUCCUUUCACCAUGAAGAGAAAGUACGGUAAGUUCCCGGUCAUUGAUUUGGGAACAAUCAAGAAAAUCAAAUCUGGAGAGAUACAGGUGGUGCCCACAGAAAUAGAGAGUAUAAGAGGCAACGAAGUGUUGUUCCGAGGUGGCAAAUCGUUCCCCUUUGAUUCAAUUAUUUUCUGCACAGGCUUCAAGAGAACCACUCAAAAGUGGCUCAAGGGAGGUGAAGAUCUUCUGAACGAGGAUGGUUUUCCUUGGUCGCAAAAUCAAUGGAAGGGUAAGAACGGUUUGUACUGCGUUGGAAUGGGAAGAGCAGGAUUCUAUGGAGCCAAUGCUCAGGCUCGAAACAUAGCAAAUGAUAUUGCCUCCUUAGAUCCAUAAACAAAGAAAAGGAAUAUUUGUAAAAGUUAAUUAUAAUAAAUUUAGAAACUUUCUAAUAAAUUUGGAUUGUA